GAGUGUUUACAUUUGGAAGCAUGUAUAUGGGCAUGAGCCCGUUCGACGCACCAGGGACGUACAGUCUCCUGCAGUACACGGAGUUAGCCGAAGGGAUAUGGUAUCCGCGUGGCGGCUUUGACAAAGUCAUAGAUGGCCUUGUUGCUAUUGGGAAUCGCUGGGGCGUAGAAUAUUGCCUCUCAAUGCCCGUCGCUCAAGUGACGCUUUCGCCGGACGGACGUAGGGCCACAGGUGUUGAGCUUGAAGAUGGCUCUACGCUGCGUGCAGACUUGGUGGUGUGCAAUGCAGACUUGGUAUAUGCCUACAGUAAUAUGCUACCGCAAACUGCGUACGCAAGCUCCCUAAGUACACGCAAGACUUCGUGUUCCUCGAUCUCAUUCUACUGGGCAAUAAGCCAAGUCGUACCAGAACUGAAAACACAAAACAUCUUCCUCUCAAACGACUACCGGAAUAGCUUUGACUCUAUCUUCAGGGAUCAUUUGAUCCCUGAAGAACCGUCAUUCUAUGUGAAUGUUCCAAGUCGAGUAGAUCUCUCGGCAGCGCCUGAUGGCUGUGACAGCAUGGUCGUGCUUGUACCUGUCGGGCACCUGCUCCCGACCGGCUCGUCUAAAGACAAUGGGACGCCAAGCAAAUCGGGACACAAGCAGGACUGGCUAAAGCUGACAAAGGUUGCACGAGAGAAGGUUCUCUCAACGAUCAAGACUCGGACGGGUGUCGACCUAGGGUCUUUAAUUCUCCACGAGCAGAUCAAUGAUCCAUCAACUUGGAAACAGGCCUUCAAUUUGGAUCGUGGGGGAAUCCUUGGCCUGAGCCACAGCUUCUUUAACGUGCUGAGCUUCCGACCGAAGACCAGACAUGCCAGCAUCAGCAAUUUGUACUUUGUAGGAGCAAGCACACAUCCUGGAACGGGCGUGCCCAUCUGUCUGGCUGGCGCCAAGAUCGUCGCUACUCAAAUAAUGAACGACAUGAAUCAGAAGAUCCCGUGGGCAGAUGAGUGCUCGAAUCCGGCGUCCGCUGGAAAAGAACAAAACGAGCUUGAUCAUAUGCGUUCACCACCCCUGACGGCUUGUUCUCUGGCAUUGUCCGCGAUUCUGCUGGCGUUGACUGUUGCGAUUUACUACGUAUGGGCCGACGCUGUCUUGCUUGGUUCUAUGAUAGACUGGACGUCCACGGUAGUUAAUUCAUGA